UAAGCUUUGCAAUGCUUACUUUCAUAAAAUCCCUUUUGAUCUUGACAUCCAAUCCCACCCAGUACGACCUCAAUCCUUUAAACGCAUCCUCACGCGGGUCUUGACUUUUCUUUGACUCCACAACUUUUGGUUUAGUGUUUUUUACAGUAGAACCAACUAGAGUCUUGGAAGAUGCGAUCUCGGACUCUGCGUCAUUGAUUAAACUCAACAGUGCUUUAUUUUUUUUGUCCAAUUCUCUUUGCGCUUGCAAACUCAGUUGAGCAACAGAAUCUGACUUGCUUGGGAGAGAGUUAACAGAUAAACCUUGUUUCGCUUUCUUCAAAGACUUCUUGUAAUACAAUACUGACCCAAGCAUUUGGCCCAACAGGAAGAGUGAACUAGCACAAAUUGGUGAUAACGUACCAUCUUCCGAGAAGCAUUCAGCAGAAGCCAAAAAGUAAGCAAAUUUCACGUCAGGAUCCUCUGUUUUCUUCGCUAGGUCAUCAAACAUUUUACCUUCUCUGAUAUGAAGACGCCAUGCGGUUAUAUCUUCCCCAUGGACUAAAAUCAAAUCUUCAAUUAUCUCCAAAGCCUUGAUGUGAUCUCCAUUAUCAAAGAGUUUUUGAGCAUCUUCAAGGAGUUGUGCUCCCUCAUCAUCUUCCAUGAAAGAAGAAUCCAUAGUAAACGAAACGAUUCUCAAGAUUCUUUUGCUUUCUUUUUCUCUAGGGUUUUUCUUCUUCGGAGAGAAAUCUGAAUCGCGAGAAGAAGCAGAGUCGACGCGGGGAAACUCAAACGAAAGUAACUGACUAAUGACAGCAAGGCACCGUAUCAUCACGUGAAAGACACGUGACAAGGCUUGAUAGCAAAACAGAGACACAAUUUUGAUCAUUGGGGAAUUCUAUCAAACACCUUGUGUGCAUUACCCGUUUGAGAAUUUCCCGGAAUAAAUCAUCAAAAUAAUGAGUGAAAAUCUUCAAAUCUAGCUCAAUAAUUGAAUCUAGAAUCGUCUUCAUGUUGGGUAUGAACAAAAAUUCGAACUUGAAAAGAUCAGCAACAAGAGAGAGAUUCGACAAAUCAAGUGAAAGAAAUAAAAAAGUUUUUUUCAUUUAUUUACUCCACUACCACUAAUAAAGAUAAAUACUAAAGCUUUGGUUUGAGACAAAAAAAAAUGCAGAGAAGAAAGCUAGUAGAAAUCUCCAUCUUCGUAAUCAGAAAAUCUAAUUUUUCAUCUUCCAUUAAAUCUCUAACCAAUCUCGACGUCGACGUUUCAGUUGAUAAUGAUGAAGAUCCUCUUUACGCCGACGUACCUAAACCUCCGAAGGAUAAAUCGGAGAGGAAACCGUAUCCGACUCCGAUGAAGGAGUUGAUUCGUCGUGCGAAAGAGGAGAAACAACUGAGAAAAUUACAACCAUGUCGAGUUCUCGAAGAUCCACCGGAUAAUGGUUUACUUGUGCCGGAACUUGUCGACGUGGCUCACUGUGUUCACCGAUGCCGUAACAUGUUGCUCUCUGGCCUCUCUAAAAUCAUUCAUCAUGUUCCUGUUCAUCGUUGCAGAUUGUGCGCUGAGGUUCAUAUUGGCAAGCAAGGUCAUGAAAUCAGGACUUGCACUGGUCCCGGGAGUGGUUCAAGAAGUGCGACUCAUGUUUGGAAAAGAGGAAGAGUGAGUGAUGUUGUGUUGUUCCCAAAAUGUUUUCACCUCUAUGACCGUGCUGUGAAACCGAGAGUUAUACAUGAUGAGAGAUUUACUGUCCCUAAAAUCUCUGCGGUUCUUGAGCUAUGCAUACAGGCUGGUGUAGACCUCGAGAAAUUCCCAUCCAAGCGAAGAUCGAAACCUGUGUACAGCAUCGAAGGACGGAUUGUGGAUUUUGAGGACGUCAACGAUGGAAAUUCAGAAUUGGCAGUUACUUCUACUACUACACUUAUACAAGAAGAUGAUCGUUGCAAGGAAGAGAAGAAGAGCUUGAAGGAAUUAAGCUUCGAGACGAUGGAGUCAUGGUUUGAAAUGGUUUUAGGGGUCAGGAAACUGAUGGAGAGAUACAGAGUGUGGACUUGUGGGUAUUGUCCAGAGAUUCAGGUGGGUCCAAAGGGACACAAAGUAAGGAUGUGUAAAGCCACAAAGCAUCAGAUGCGAGACGGAAUGCAUGCCUGGCAAGAAGCGACUAUUGAUGAUGUGGUCGGUCCAACCUAUGUGUGGCAUGUUCGGGAUCCUACUGAUGGUUCUGUUCUUGAUAAUAGCUUGAAGAGGUUUUACGGGAAGGCUCCUGCGGUUAUAGAGAUGUGUGUGCAAGGUGGUGCACCGGUACCUGAUCAGUACAACAGUAUGAUGAGGCUCGAUGUAGUUUACCCUCAACGCGAUGAGGUCGAUCUAGUCGCUUGACCUCUUUAAGUAUUCAGCAUUGCUUAAUGAUUUAGUAUGGACACAGUGAAAUACUCCCCUGUAAUCUUAGGUUCAGGUUCAUCUCAAUUCUUAAACCUUGAACCAGUUCAAUUUCUUGAAGUCCUAUAAAUUUAUACAAGAAAUCUUAAAGUUCC